AUGGCCAACAAAAUUCUCAUGGCCUUUGUGGCCGCUGAUAUCAUCUUCGUCGUCACCGGCGCCCUUCUCCUCGGCUACGCACUCAUCAACCAGAACCUCGUCAAGGAGGCCCCGACGGAAGGAACUCAGGCCGUCAUGCGUCUGCUGACAGCCCAGUUUCCCUUAACAGCCGGUAUUGCCAACGCCGUCUUCGUCUUCGUUACUUUCCUCAUCACCAUCCCGGGUAUGAUCACGCCCACCCGUGGCUGGCUCAAGAUCUCAGGCUACAUGACCACUUUCUGCGGCCUCUUCAGUCUGGUCCUUGGUGUCUACCUUUGGGUUCUUACUCUCACUACCAAGAACGACUUUGGCAAGACGUGGAGUGUUCAAGACCCCAGCGUCCAGGAACUCAUGCAGACUGCUUUCAAAUGCUGCGGUUACUUCAACAGCACUUCGCCCGCCUUCGUCACCGACGCUCAGUGUCCGAGUCCCGCCGCUGCCGCUCUGCAGCGCGGCUGCGCCACCCCGAUCACGAGCUUUGCCAACGUUUUUGUCGACAACAUCUUCACCGCUGUUUUCGGCAUGGUCGGCAUUGACGCCCUUCUUGUCGUCUGCACCGCCAUGCUCCUCAAGGACCGUAAGGAGCGCGAACGUUACCGCCACAUUGACGAGAAGGCCGGCUACCGCGGCUUCUGA